AUGAGCGUCUUACUACCCAACAUGGCGGACUUUGAUACCAUUUAUGAGUUAGAAGACGAAGAGGAUGAACACGUAGUGAGUGAGGAACACUUGCCCAGAUACUGCCCGGAGCCCGUGGUCAUGCGAGGGGCCGGGCACAUCACAGUAUUUGGACUGAGCAACAGAUUUGACACAGAAUUUCCGUCAGUUCUCACGGGAAAGGUAGCCCCAGAGGAAUUCAAGACCAGCAUCAGCAGGGUGAACGCUUGCUUAAAGAAGAACUUGCCUGUGAAUGUGAAGUGGCUUCUUUGCGGCUGCCUGUGUUGUUGCUGUACAGUAGGCUGCAGUCUAUGGCCUGUUAUCUGCCUCAACAAGAGAACGAGACGGUCUAUCCAGAAGUUGUUAGAGUGGGAAAAUAACCGGUUAUACCACAAGCUGGGGCUGCACUGGAAACUCAGUAAAAGAAAAUGUGAAAGCAGCAAUAUGAUGGAAUACGUGAUUCUUAUAGAAUUCUUACCCAAAUAUCCUAUAUUCAGACCGGACUGAGGAGGCUGGUAACCGACUGGAUGUGUGGCCCUUGAAUCUUAUCCCUAGUGCCUUGUAUAUACAGUAUGUUGGAAUGAGGGUCUGCGUCGACGUCUCCUGUGACGACCCUGUGCAUCUCCCAGUACCUUGUACAUUAAGCAACACUGUCACUUUGCUUUAGAGCAGAUUUUGCACAUUUUCCCGACAGAACUCAACAUGUCCCCUUUGUCGCACUCUGAUGUGUUUUAUUAUUUUUUUUUUUUUUGUUACAUGUGAAAAACAAGCAAAACUCUCAAAAAGUGCAUUUACCCCAAAGAACAAUCAACCUGAGUCCCGUUUAUGAUAUCAGCAAUCCCUUGCAAAGAAUGUGAUGCCUCCACCCUCUGUAACUAUCCUUGCCUUAUGUAUGAUUUUUUUUAAGAAUAUCUCUACAUGUAACUGGAGGAGGAAGGCUAAGGGUAAUUCAACAAGUCCGUCGAUUCAGACGCUGUCUGUUGCGUUUCCUCUCUUUGAAUCCAGUUCUUUGCAGGUGGACGGGAUGGUUGAAGUUGCCUAACGUACAGUGUACGUCAUCACUUGCGUUUUGUCUUGACAUCAAUCCUCUGUACAUGGGAACUAGCUAGUACCAGAACUUGACCUGUAAAUACCAUGUUAGAAUAAGCUGUACAGUGAUAUACCAUUGUUUACAUAAAAGUUACUUAGCUCUUUAGUUUUUUUUGCCAGUAUAUUGCUGUACCAUAGUUUCGAUUAAUGAAAGAUGUCUACAUACCUUUCUAGUUUAUAUGGACCUGUUUACCUUGUAAGCCAUAUAGUGACAAUGUACCUGAUGCCAGAGUUAGGACUGAUUAUUGCACUGAGCCUGGAGGAAGGUCAGGAUUUCAGACUGUAUAGUUCAUCCUGAAUAUUCAUCCGUUGACAACAGCAGUGCGUGUUACAAAGUGGUUUUUGCCAAUGAAGAUGAGACUUCGGUGACUAGUCAUCCGUCAAAGCUGGAAGACUAUGAUUUGAACUCUGCACUUCCGUAUUUUUUUUUUUUAAUUUUUAUUUCAAGUCGUCACGACUUUGUAUUCAUUUUGUAGUUUUGUAUUUCCCCCCUGUGCCGUGUGUGGUCCUCCCGAUGUGUUUGGAAGCGCAUACAUCUACAGUAUGCGGUGCAUUGAGCAGAUGGUUCCUUUGUUUCAGUCAUUCUCUCUAGUGUUAGUAUUACUUUCCUGAAUCUUAGUCAACAGAUUGCUGCAUUGCGUUGUAUUAGAGUGCCUCUGAAGUAGUUGAAGAACCACAGAGAAGUACAGGUUCAAAUCUGUUCUCCAGUAUAAAGGAGAUUUUAAUCCUCUCCCCAGUAUUGUCCCUGUUACUAUUCUUGUAAAUGUUCGUCAUGAUGACCUAACCCCUAUGGAGAGAGAAAAUAAAUGGUUGAUUUUGA